AAGAAGAAGACAAGAAAGCGAAGAAGAAGGAAAGCGGAAGUGUCGUUUGUCUUCUGGCAAUAGCUAAAGCUACGUUGGUGUCAUCGUCUUAUUGCUUUGGGGUUUGACAACAGAAACAAAAGCGUUAUUUCGUGUCCAGCCACGGAUACACAUUGUCACUGAAGUGUCUCGAGAGAUGAACAACAACGGGAAUAAGAGAGCUCCAACUACAGCAACUCAGCGACUUAAGCAGGAUUACCUCAGGAUAAAGAAAGACCCUGUGCCUUACAUCUGUGCAGAACCUCUCCCUUCCAACAUCCUAGAAUGGCAUUAUGUAGUCAGAGGGCCUGAGAAAACUCCAUAUGAAGGGGGAUAUUAUCACGGCAAACUCAUAUUUCCUCGGGAAUUUCCUUUUAAACCACCAAGCAUCUAUAUGAUAACACCAAAUGGGAGAUUUAAGUGCAAUACAAGAUUAUGUUUGUCCAUCACAGACUUCCAUCCAGAUACGUGGAACCCUGCGUGGUCCGUCUCCACCAUUCUCACAGGUCUGCUCAGCUUUAUGGUGGAGAAAGGCCCCACCCUCGGCAGCAUUGAGACCUCUGACUACACAAAAAGACAGCUGUCAGCCCAGAGUCUGGCCUUCAACCUCAAGGAUAAAGUAUUUUGUGAACUAUUUCCUGAUGUAGUCGAUGAGAUGAAGCAGAAACAAAAGGCCCAGGAGGAGCUAAGCGCCCGCACUCAGCCUCUCCCCUUACCCGAUGUCGUUCCUGACGGGGACCCUCAGCACGCCCACUACGGGCUCCCUGCCCUCAACGGAGGUCCCGCCCCACUCGGGGGCGCCAACCCUGCCCCUGGCGUGCAACAGGCCAAUCGCAACCAUGGACUUUUAGGUGGGGCUCUUGCCAACCUCUUUGUUAUUGUGGGCUUUGCGGCGUUUGCCUACACGGUCAAGUACGUGCUGAGGAGCAUAGCCCAGGAGUGAGUGGAGCUCGGGGUGUCCCCCUGCAGGGGAGCCAGCUAUCGGACUCCAUAUUCUACAAACACACUACGUAGGGGAGGGCUGUUCAGUCCUAAGUUAAACUCCUCCACAACCACCACCACCACAGACUUUGGAUGACGGAAUCUCAAAGCCGGCCAACCCAAGAAGGACUGAGAGGAGGAGUGCCGGGGAAUUGAAGGGGCUUAGUAAAACGGUUAAGACCUACUCUGUGCUUCAGUGGUUUGUGUCUGCAGUAGGAACAAACUUGGCUCAUGGGUUGUGGAAGAGUAUAGAACUAAAGCAAGCGUGCUGUAGGUCACUACUACAGAAAGAUGUUAAAAGGCGGCAUUGUUCUUCUGCCUCAUGAACAUUACCAAAAAAAAAGCUUAAGUCUGUAAUUCUCAGAACAGGCUACUCCAUACCCAUCUUUUUUAAAAGAAGUAUUUCCCACUGCACUGUUCACUGGUCAUUCAUCCAAUCUUAGAGGCUCCUCUAGCUGUUACAGAGACCAAUGUUUAAGUCAAGAUUAAGGGAGCACAACAAAGACCAGUUAUGCGAGCAUUUGAAAGGUCUUCAACUAACUAACCAUCUUUUUGCAUUUGUCACUCUUAAAGUUACAAACAGCAGCUGUAUAACUGGUUUUUCCACUUCCAAUGUAUCUGUUGAGGUGGAAAUGUAACCUGUUUUUCUCUUCCUGGCAAUGUGUUGAUCUUCAGAUGAAAUCUAACACGUAAUCAUACAGCAGAAUGAAUUUUACACACAAACCUAGAAGACUAAUCGCUACUAUCAAAGAUGAUCAUGCUGGCACUUUCCAGCAGGAUCGAUUUCCUGCACUUGAGCGUAUAACUGAGACAUCACAGGCGAGGCGACUAGUGCAGAAAGAAGUCAUCCUACAAAAAUGUUGCUGAGUCCAUUUGUAAUCUAUAUUUUUCUUUAGUUAGAUUAAAAGAUAAAUAACUUUGAAUUGGCAAUCUUCAGACUAUCUGCAUAAAGGUGGUCAAAGUUCAACCUCAAGUCCAGACAUUCCUUUCUGUCAACCUGUGAGCCAAGCGGUGAACCCAGUGUCUGCACACAAGUAAAUAGACCAGCAUCUCUUUUUUUCUUUCUUCUUUUUUGGUUAAUUGGCUUAGAUGACCAAUAUAGCACCAAUCUAUAAAGGUCCAUGUAAAGAGACACACAUUUCGUUUCUUUAUAUUUUCUUUUUGAUAAUUAUUUUGGUUUUGUUUCUCUUAUUUAUAGAAACUGUCUCGGCUUUUCUGUCACAAACACCCAGACGGACCAUGGGCCGGGCUCACAUAUUUGCUGAUAAUUGCUGUUGUGCAUUGCAUUUAGUAAAGAUGUUUCUACUGUGUAUCGACUGUUCAACAGCAAAGUGGUUGAAAGCAGAAUAUUUGCCUUUUUAUUGCUAUUUCUUUGGCACCAUCUUAGAAAAAGACAAACUUAUGAGUGAGUUUUUGUGUGCUUAUACAGCAAAUGCCCAAAUCUCCAUGCUUCAGUUAUUCUCGUGUGACAUUGUAUGUGUUCAUAGUAAAUGCAAAUAUCUCUGCUCGGCAGGUUAUUUUAGAAAACCUUUUUUUCUAAUCUGCUUCGGUGACAUUGUAUUUCAAAAUGUCUCCAACAUCGAGGGAGUUGUUGUAUAAAGAGGUCAGGGUUUCAUGUUCUGCAAAUAAAGACGUCCUUCUCAUGAAAUGCAA